CUUUUAAAAUAGAAAAGGCGUAUUGUUGUCUUGCUUUCUGUAAAGCGCGUCGCUGUGCACCAUCUUUCGCCCCUUGCAAUACCACUGUCAAGGGCGAUAAUUAUAAGUGAAUCAAAAAUGCAGAUGACUGGACUCACCCUACAUAAAAGCAGUUUAAUCUUGGUGAUCCAAAGAUGGGAGCACCUGCCUACAUAUAGGAAGUGCAAUCAUGCAUGACCUCUCCUUAUAAAUUUUGCUGCACAGCAGAAAUUUUUAUUGUGGUGUUACUUUUCCCUUUUCUGUCUCGUAUGAAAACUUUUUUGAGUCAUUAUCUUUCAUUUGUUUACCAUGCCCACCCGAUACUCUAAACGUUCUGCACGCAAAGAUCAAGACAGUGAAAGCACGUUUGAAGAAGUAAAUGGUUCUCCUGGAGUUGGCUGGAUCGAUAAUCUAAAUCAAGCAAUUGACGAUCUCCAAGUGAAUCGAACAAGUGUGCGAGAAGAAUCACUUGCGUCGAUCGUUACUUUGCUCACUCGCCACUAUGCUGCUGGGCCACUGCAACCACGAAACGAGGAACUGUUGACUCUUUUGAGACGAUCGUUGAGCAAAUCGAGCAGUGCCAAGGAAUCAGCACUGGCUGCACAGGCGAUAGCGUUGAACUUUAUCAGUCAUGGGGACGCCGUGGAUGAUCAAGACGAACUAUAUCAACAGAUUUUGCCUGCAUUGAAAAAAACAACCAAGAAUGCAGACAGCGUUAUCGUAAAGUCCAACUGCUUACAUACCCUUGGCUUGGUGACGCUCAUUGCCGGAUCAGAUAUCGAUACGCAGCUCGUGCGCGACUUUGUAUUCGACCUCAUAGAAACGGAUGGACAGGAUUUCAAUGUUGAAGAACUGUCGCCGCAGCAUAUAGAUCAACUGAUGUGCACGGGGCUGCGUGUAUACGGCAUUCUUUUUAUCAGUACCUUUUACGAAGGCGUUGUGGACCCAGAGGCACUUUGGGAAGAGAUUGAAAAAGUAAUGCCAAUGCACGAAGUUCUACUUGAAUCAGGAGAUAAAGACGUCCGCACCGCAGCAGGCGAGAAUGUCGCAGCGAUGUUUGAAAUCUUGCGGAUAGCUACAUGCAGAGAUAAUGAAGACGAGGAUGAAGACAUAGAGCACAACGAUGAUUAUCAGUACGACAAUAUGGAUGAGUUAUUGCGCACCUUACGAGAGUUGUCAGUGGAGAGCAGCCGACGGCAGAGCAAAAGCAGCCGUGCAGAACAAAAAUCGAUAUUCCGUGAUAUUGUCAAGAGUGUGGAAGACGGCGAACCUCCCAUUGAAGUACUCAAAAUCAGUGACAGAGCUAUCACAUUUCGUGGAUGGUCCAAAAUUUUGAUCUUAAACGCUUUUAGAAAUAUAAUGGGUCAAGGACUUCAUCUUCAUUUGCGGUCAAAUGAUCUUCUACGACAAAUCUUCCGUUUUCCGGCUUGGUAUUUUAGAGCAGGGGACGAUGAUUCAGACAACGACGACGACUUAAAUCGCAUGUCCAAAGUUGACCGGAAAUACGUCUACGACGAAAACAAAAAGGCGCGAUCAAAGCAGCUUAGAGACGCAAGAAGUUCCAAAAGGACCUGAACUGAACUCCUUAAUACAAAGCCAAAAUUCAAUACUAUAUCACUAUCAUUUGUUGGCUCUAUUCUUAUCUUCCUGCGUAUACCUCAUCUUUAUUUUCCUCGUCCACUACACAUCUUCCCCUCAGAGCCAAAGAAAAUUGUUAUCACUACUACUACUACUAUGUACUACUAGAUUACUCAUACAGUAUAUCCUAUUAUUAAUAAAAAAGUAUCUGCUACUUUGAGUGUAUUUUACACUUAUCUGUAUAAAUCAAG